CCUGCAGUUUGCCCAGCCUCUUAUCUCCUUGCCGAGCGACCCAGCCCUCUCGCUCCGCGGAUCUUCUUCCUCCUCGCGCGAGCGCCGCCACUCUCACGCUUGCCGAGUGCCGAGCGCCCGAGCCCCCUGGCUCGUCUUCCUCCUCGCUCGAGCGCCUCCACCGCAGUUGUCGAGCACAAGACAGCCCAGCAAUGGCCGGUGUUGGCAGCGGCGAUGCCAAGAGCCUGACGCAGUGGCUGAGGGAGAAAGGGUUUGACGAGGAGACCAUUGGGCGCAUGUCAAGGCGGUGCAGGAACCUGCCCAAGCUUGACGCCGGCGAGGCCUCUGCCGUCUGGGACUACCUCUUGUACGAUGUCAACAUCGAGCGGCGGAAGCUGCGGCACUUGGUCACCAAGUGCCCCAAGGUGCUCACGGUGUCUGUUGGCGACAAGCUCGUCCCCACGGUCCAGUGCCUCAACACGCUGCAGGCUAAGCCCGGGGAGGUCGCGCAGGCCAUCGUCAAGUUCCCGCCGAUACUGUUCCACAGCGUGGAGGAGAAGCUCUGCCCUCUCCUUGCCUUCUUCGAGACGCUGGCCAUCUCUGAGAAGCAACUCGCUAAGCUGCUCAUGGUCAACCCACGCCUCAUCAGCUACAGCAUCGAGGCCAAGUUCUCCCAGACGAUUGACUUCUUUGUUGGCCUUGGAAUUGACAAGGAGGGCAUGAUCGGCAAGAUCCUGGCGAAGGAGCCUUACAUCAUGGGUUAUAGCGUCGACAAACGUCUGCGUCCUACUGCCGAGUUCCUCAAGUCGGCAGUCGGGUUGCAGGGGUCAAAUCUCCAGAGGGUCAUCAUGAAUUUCCCUGGUAUACUGUCACGAGACGUCGACAAGACUCUGCAGCCCAAUUUGGAGUUCCUACAGAGCUCAGGAUUCAGUAAGGACCAGAUAAUGGAAUUGGUAGCUGGAUACCCUCCUGUUCUCAUCAAGAGUAUCAAGCACUGCUUGGAACCCAGGGUAAAGUUCCUGGUUGAAGAAAUGGGGCGGGACAAGGGCGAGGUGGUAGAUUACCCCCAGUUUUUUCGUCAUGGUCUCAAGAGGAGCCUCGAGUACCGUCACAAGAUUCUCAAGAAGAUGAACUCGAGGUGCAGUCUUAGUGAGAUGCUCGACUGUAAUCAGAAGAAGUUUGCCAUGAAGUUUGGUUUGGUCGCAGCAGCAGUUUAGGCACUGAUAGUCUCUUCAGUUCCCAUGUAGCAUGGUUAAUCUUCAGGUGCAAACCAUACCGGUGAAGGACGAUGUGAUUGACAUCCAAGAAUCGAGUUUUGAAUAAUUUGGGAGUUCACUGAAUGCCCACCCACGUCAUAUGCAGCCUAACGACAUAUUGUUCAAGAUAAGUUGUAACUUGUAACUGAAGAUCAAAGAUGAUAAGUGUAUGACAGUUAAAAGCAUGGUAACUUUAUACCUUCAGAAUCA